AUGGCUGAACCUCCUCAACCUUCAUUUGGUUCUAGUAUUAUUCAAGCCCUAACUCCAUUAAGGGUUUCAGAUAUCACUCUUUUCCGACGAACCGAUGAGGAAGAGAUUCUGUCCAAGAGGAAUACCCUAUUAACAGUGACCACAUUUGUGGCUGCUUUAGUGUUUGCUUUGGGCAUAAAUCCACCGGCAGAAUAA